GAACUGUCCGCAUUGUCGACGGGGCUCUCGCCUCUCGCUAUACGCAUACGUGCACGCGCUUUCGCAACGGUUCCUGCGACUCUUGGACUUUCGUCCGCUGCCAGUGCUCCUGUGCGUCGAUAUACCCGCGAAGCGCGAGCAACAGUUGCAACCCGCCUCGACUUUUCGAGGAUCUGCUUUUCGUUUUCUUUUCUUUGUUUUCUUUCUCUUGCCCGCCGAAGGAGAACACAACCGACGAGAGAGGAUAGAGCGGCUUGCGCUCGCGCCGCGCUUUUCGAUUUCUUUCCGGAGCUGGUGCCGCCGCUGCACAGGCUCACUUUCGAAUUUUAGGUGUAUACGGUGGCUCGAGCAAAAGGCCACUUGAUGCGCUGAGGAUGCGCCGAGCGCCGAACAACGGUCGGCUCGGCCGCCGCACCGCCGUUCUGUGGCUGACGUCGAGUAUUUUUCUUAUCCUCUCGACGUUGGCCCUCCACUCGUCGUCGUUGGCCGAUGCUACUGCUGCACCCGCUGCCGCUGCUGCCUAUACUGCCGGAAACGCAAUAAGACGAGGGGUAGGCAGAUGUCCAGCCUACGAGGAGCAGAACGUGUGCCCGGCCCGCUCGGCGGUCUGCAAGUCGGACUCGGACUGCGGAGCGCCGGUGGAGCGGUGCUGCGAGACGGCCUGCGGUUCGCGCUGCGUGGCCGGCGAGCUGACCGGCUGCGAGCAGUUGGCCUUGGCGGCGCAGCGCCGAGCGCGAGCCCUGGGACCCCGCAGUCCACCGCAGCUGAUCCCGCGUUGCGACAACGCGACCGGCGAGUUCGAGCGAGUGCAGUGCGAGCCCGCGAGCGCGAGCUGCUGGUGCGUCGACGAGUUCGGCGGCGAAGUUGCCGGCACGCGGGCGGCCAAUAGACGACUGGUCGACUGCGACAAUCCACGAGUCUGCCCGGCGCAUUCCUGCCGCAUGCUCUGUCCCUUGGGCUUCGAGAUCGAAGCGACGAGCGGCUGUCCGCGCUGCGAGUGUCGCGAUCCGUGCCGAGGAGUCACGUGCCCCGGCAGUCAGACGUGCGAGCUAAUAGACGUGCCCUGCGCCAAGCCGCCUUGCCCACCGGUGCCGAGUUGUCGCAAAGCCAAGUCGCUGGCGAACGUGUGUCCCGCCGGCGAGCCGUUGCAGAUCAGCGACACGCCCCGGCCGUUCUUGUGCGGCGACUCGCCGGGCAAGCCGAACUGCCCGCCGAUGUACCGCUGCCUGGUGGAGCACGGCCAGGAGUACGGCGUGUGCUGUCCCGCGAGCAAGCAGCUCCGACGCCCCGGCAGCUGUCCCGCGGAGGAGCCCGAGCACUGCGGCUCGCCGUGCACGCACGACCUGGAGUGUCCCGGCCCGCAGAAGUGCUGCGGCAGCGCCAAGUGCGGGGCCAGCGUGUGCGUGUCGCCCAAGGGCCUGAGCGCCUGCCACCGGAACCGCAUGCUCGCCGAGCUGCUCAGCAUUUCCGAGAGGCAGGGCCGGGGAUACGUGCCCCAGUGCGCCGAGGACGGCGAGUACGAGCCGCGACAAUGCUCGCGCAACGGAUUGGUAUGUUGGUGCGUGGAUCCGACGGGCAAAAAGGUAGGCGGCUCAAUGGGUCCGGCCGAGAAGGUCGAGUGCAAAGCCGGCGCCGUUGCCGCCCAUGGAAGAUCGCUGCCUUCGUCCGCCUGCACGUUGCAGCAGUGCGCUCAGGUCUGUCAGUACGGCUUCAAGAGUGACGCGUCUGGCUGCCCGACUUGCGAGUGCGACGACCCCUGCGAAGGAUAUCCAUGCCCACCUGGCGAAGAGUGCGCACUACGCCGAGAGGACGGCUGUCCGGACUUUUUGUGCCCGACGAAACCCGAGUGCCGGAAGAGGCAAACCUUCAAGAAUCCCUGUGUUACGGGCUCGCCAUUGAGCGACAAAGACGGCAACGCCAUCACCUGCUCGGCUAAUAAGACCUGCUCGCAAAAUCACGAGUGCAUUAUGGUUCCCGAGGCCGAUCAGUCAGUCUGCUGCCCCGUUGUACCUGCUCCCGUCAAACCACCCACUAUGUGCGAGUACUUGCGCGACUUCAGCGAGCGAAUGGAGGGCACUCGUGAGGGCAUGAGUCUGGCAAUGCCGGCGCCUCAGUGCGACGAGGACGGCUCUUACCUCGCACUCCAGUGCCAGCAGCAGCAGCAGCAGCAGCAGCAGCAGCAGGACACUAAGAAUUGCUCGUGCGUGGACGAGUAUGGGGUCAAGUUGAAAGCUAACUUCGAGUCAGACGCCCAUACGAUGGACUGCAACGAGGCGCGUGACCUACUCAACCUCUGCGAUACCUUCAAGUGCAAUCUCACAUGCGCGUACGGCUUCGAGCUCGACGCCGCUGGCUGCCGCGUGUGCCGCUGCAGGGAUCCCUGCCGCGAGGUGCAGUGCGCGGCCGACGAGGCCUGCAGUCUCGUCGACGUGAAUUGCGGCCCGGAGCAGAACUGCCCGUCGGUGCCGGCCUGCCUGGCCACCAAACCCGGACAGUGUCCGUACCUCGUGCCGAGCUCCUCCAGCUGCGAGCUGCUCUGCAGCAACGAUCAAGAGUGCGCGGCGGGCGACAAGUGCUGCUCCACCGGUUGCGGCACGCAGUGCAUAGCGCCGGUGAUGGCGACGGCAUGCCAGCACGCGCGCGCAGUGGCCGAGCACGCUGCUCGCGAGAGUGGCGAGCCGGCGAGAUUGAGCUACAUACCACGCUGCGACGACGACGGCCAAUUCGAACCGGUGCAGUGUCACGCGGGCAUGUGUUGGUGUGUCGAUGAGGAAGGUCGCGAGUCAGCGGGUACUCGUGUCGUCGAGGGUCUCGUGCCCAAGUGUCAGGCGCCUCAACGAUGUCCCGAGAUCGAUUGCACUCUCGAGUGUAGGGACGGCUAUCAAUUGGAUCCGGCUACUGGAUGUCCUAUGUGUGCUUGCAGAGAUCCGUGCAAAAGUGUCACUUGCCGUGGCGAGAACGAGGCCUGCAGAAUGGUCGAGGUAGCGUGCAGCGCGCCGCCCUGUCCGCCAGUACCGGUUUGCCUGCCGAAAAAGGAAAACCCGUGCCCGAACGGUUCACCCCUGCUAGUGGACGACGGCAGCGCAGCCACCUGCGGCCCUCACGGCCGGAGCUGCCCGUCGACUCACAAGUGUGAAUUAUCGCCGCUCGACGAGUACGCCGUUUGCUGCCCGAAGCCCCGGGAAGUUUGCUUCGAGGCGCCGAGGAGGGCACCCUGCAGCGGCCCGCAGACCAACGACACCGAACGAUGGUACUUCGAUCCGGAGUCCAACGAGUGCCGGAAGAAGCAGGACUGCUCAAGCGGCUACAACGAUUUCUCGAGCAAGCUCGUUUGCGACAAUGUCUGCCCUGUGCUCUCCCAGUGCGAGAGACUUCGCGAGCGAAAUCUCAAGACUGCCCAGAAAUACAAGCAGCCGUCUUUCUUGCCCAGGUGCAACCCAGAGACAGGAGCAUGGGAGUCUAUACAGUGUCUCGAGCAUGUUGGCGUAUGCUGGUGCGUGAACAAGAAGGGCGAGCCGAUCAAGGGCUCUUUGGCACGCGACACCGAGCCCAAGUGCAACUUCCGUCAGGCGCGUCGCGGCCGCGGAGGCGCCAGCAAUAUGGAAAUCGACACGGAGAUCAAGGCUUACAUGGAGAACGCCUUCUUGGGCUUGGCGGCGGAGGGUCGCGAGAUCAACAAGGUGCUGGGUAGCAGGUGCCAAGCAAUGAGAGAGCGUGGCUUUGUGCCUGCGAUCUGCGACAAGUACGGACGUUUCGAGCCGACUCAGUGCGCCGCCGAGACCUGCUGGUGCGUGGACGAGGCUGGCAACCAACUGGUCGGCUCCGAGCCUUUUAUCAAGGGCACCAAUAUUUGCCUGCCGACUCCAGUGGAAGCCGUCGAAGUCACCCUUCACUUCCCGGGCAGCUUCCUACCCAUCGAAGACGAGCCACUGUUCGCCAAAGAGUCCACGGACUUUUUGCAAGGUCUGGGCGCUCGUUUGAAGGACGGCGUACAGGUGGAGAUAGGCCAGGAGUCAGUGGUACUGGCAUUCGAAGUUGUUGGCCCAAACAAGGUGGACGUGGCGUUCCAUCUGGAGGAAUUGACACGCAUGCAGAAACUGAGCGUCCUGGGCUACUUGGCCGACGCGACGACGUCGCGAUUCACACAUCGCGUCACCUCGGGCAUAGCCAACAAUCGCGUGGUCGCCCUUGAGCAGCGCGAGAUACUCACUCAGCUCGACGCGCCUAUCUUUCAGACGGCUACCCUCGUACUCGCCGCUGCCAGUGCUUUCAUCAUCAGUAGUUUACUCAUUAUUUUGGUGCUUUAUCGUAAGAAGAUGCAGAUGAAAAACGCAGCCGAGGCGAUGUCUGCGGAGCAGCAUUUCCUCGCGUACAACAGUCAGCCGGUCUACGUGAUAUCCGGCAUGGAAAAUAGCGAGAAAGAGAAGGAAGCGAUCGCGACCAGCCACGAAGUUAUCACCAGAACAUCCGAGAGCGUCGGCUGAACGCCGUUGUCUAACAUCACUUCAUAUCCGAUUUUUCUCUCAAUUUUAUAUCUUCCAAUGUCCCUUAACGCGCGCCUGCACAACGCGUUGAUCGCAUAUCAUUCUUCAAUCAUCACAUUGCCCUCCAUAAACAUAGAUAUCAUACCGUCGAUUAAUCGCCGCCGAAAGUACACACGUUUGUCUAUCGAUUUAUGAAUGUACUACUUCUUGUUUUUGGUAAGCUAAAGCCGUUUGAUAUAUUUGCAAAAUGAAACAAUGGUUCCAAGUAUCUUAAAUUGGAUAGCGUUAAUUGAGAAACUUUCUAUAUCGAAUUGACUUUAAGUAAUUUCCGUAGGCGGCGAAUCCAAAUUUAUUCAGACCAAACUUUCACAUUCCAGUAACCGACAUUCCGAAUGAACUGAUACUUACCGUUAUUAAUCGUCAAAAAGUGAGUCAAGCGAAGAAAGAGUCCAUACAGAUACACACACGCUUACCUACACACAUGCACGCGUAUGUAGACGAUCGCAAGAGAGCAUGUUUCGGGGGAUACUUGUAUACCGAAAAUUUUUCUUUUUCAUCGUUCGUACAAAUAUUGUACACGCGUGAAGGACAAGCGAUGAGAGGAGUCGCCGAAGGAUGUAGGAAAAAAAAAUUUCGCGAAUUUUCCGCUCCGGCGACGACGACGUAUUGAAGAUGGCGAUGAAGAAAAGAAGUACCCGAGAGAGAAAAAAAAUGACAUCUCGUCCGAAGCGUUUUAUUUGCACGGGGCUCUCAGUAUGAAUACAACGCCUCGGCGAGUGUCCGAGCACGUUUGGAUCUCCCCGAUAUAUGUAUAUCGAGGACGGUUCGAACGCUCGUACGCUUCUCGUAUCCCCCCUCCCCUGAUCCCCAAUCCCCGCGAAAUGGUUACUUCUUUUUCUUAAAACUGGGAAUGUAUAUAUUAUAUUUAUUAGGCUUCACAUACACGGCGAACUUAUUAUAGCGAGAUAAGUCUGACCUUUGAUGUACAACACACUAGACAUGACAUUUUUGUCUGCUUCUCAUAUUAUAUACACUAUUCUAUACUGCGUCAUCACCAAAUCAACAACAUUGCAAAAUCACAUUUUAUUGAAAAGUUAUUACGCUUUCCAACCGUUGCAACUACUUUUUUCUUACAAUCAGUCCAACGUAAUUGCUAUCAGAUUUUAUGGAAAUCAGGAACGCGAGACAAAAAAUGAUUGUAAUUGAAAAUUCGACGUUUCGUGAUCCUUGCCGUAUGUUUGCCCUUUUUGUACUACGAUGAAUUCUUAUAGGUGUAUUAGCAAAUGGAAUUUUCAGAAACAACAUUAUACCAGAAAAUUGUCGACAAUGUAUUUAAUAUAUCUGUAGAGUCACAGUUUAGCUGUAAAACUUUUGCGUUAAAAAGAAAAUUUUGAAGUGUAACGUAGCAAUAAGUAAUCAUACAGUAAAUAAAAAAAGCAUCCUCGUUCGGCAAAUAAAUAAGAACAAAAAAGAGAAUUGUUGGUACAAAACGAAGGUGAACGACGAUGCGUUAAGCUAAGACGCUGAUACAAUGGUGCCCAAAUGAGGUGUUGCGCGUCAAAGCAAGGAAACUCAUCCGCGCACUCGUAAGGAAAGCUCGACCGUGAGUUCUCCUCGGACGUGUGUGCGUGGAUCGACUGCAUGAACGAAAGAAAAAAAUACGUAGUGUAUAGCGCUCUUAAUUUAUUUAUUUGACUAACCCAUUAACGUGAUUUCAA